AUGGCUCUGCCAGAGGGGAUCCUCUCAUGCCCGGAGAUCUGCCUGGAGUGGCAGCAAAGUCAGGGUGCUGGAGCUGGCCUCUACAACCUGGGCCAGACCUGCUUCAUCAACUCCAUCCUGCAGUGCCUGACCUACACCCCACCUCUGGCCAACUACUUCCUCUCUGGGGUCCACAGCCUCUCAUGCCAGCAGCAAGACUUCUGCAUGAUGUGCACAAUGGAGGAGCACGUCUGUGCCGUCCUGCUGUCUGCAGGCAGUGUCGUGCAGCCUGUGUGUGUCAUCGACAGCCUCCAGUUCACCUGCCUGAGCUGCGAGGCUGUUUCCGAUUCCUACGAGGCCUUCCUGGAUCUUCCUUUGGAUAUCAGGGAAGCCUCAUCUGUCAGCGCUGCUCUGCAGGACUUUGUGCAGCCCGAGCAGCUGGACGGAGCCAACUGCAUUAGAUGCAGGAGGUGUGACACCAUGGCUGCAGCCUCCAAGGGCUUCAGCAUCCAAGAGGCGCCCAGGGUCCUGACACUGUCUCUGAAGAGGUUUGGCCUGACCGGCACAAAGCUCUCCAAGGCUGUGCACUUCCCCCUGACCCUGGAUCUUCGCCCGUACAUGUGCCAGGCAGGGGGAGAACCAUGCCUGUACUCCCUGUACGCUGUGCUGGUGCACAGAGGUGGCAGCUGUAACAGUGGGCACUACUUCUGCUACAUCAAGGCCAGCAACGGGCAGUGGUACCGGAUGGACGACACCUCCGUGACGCCCUGCGCCGUCGGCACCGUGCUGCGGCAGCAAGCCUACCUGCUGUUCUACGUCAGGUGCUCUGCUCCAGACACUGCAGACGGUGCUUCUUCGCCUCCAGCACCACCACAGGCCUGUCCCCUCGUCAGUGCCUCUGAGGCUGGCAGUGGGCAGCCUCCUUCUCCCCACUGCCAGACCAACAGAGGUGCAGCCCCAGGGCAGGGGCUGUGGAGCGCAGGCAGCAGGACAGGGAGGGAGCAGCUGCAGGCCGAGCUGAAGGGGCAUCAGGAUGCAGUGCUCGCCCUCCAGCAGCAGCUCCUGGGCUUCCCAGGCGUGCUCGGGCUGCUGAGGCAGCAGGAAGGAGUCUCCAGUGUGCAGGAGGCCCUGGGGACCAGGCUGUUGCCCAGCAGUGUGGCGGGUGCCAUGGAGACAGGCUGUAUGGAGACGAUGCCAACAGAGAGACAGCUGCAGGCAGAGCUCGACGAUGCUUUGGGCAAGCUGCUGCUAGCAGAAGUGGCAGCGAAACUUCACCAAAGAGAGAAGGAGGAGCUGCAGGAAGAUCACUGCCGCCUGCAAGCUGCACAUGAGGAGCUGCAGCAGCUGGUGGCUGAGCUGCAGCAGCGCUUGUCGAGGUGUGGGCAGAGUCACUGCAGAGCAGCACUUUGUUUGGAGGAGAGUGAGCAGCAGUGGCUGGACAUGGUGAGAGAGGAGAACCUCCAGCACGAGCACACGCAGGCGCAGUUAUCCCCAACGCCAGCGCCCGAGGCGAGGAUGGAUGAGAACGGCGGAGACCAAAUGGCAUCCCUGAAGGAGUUACUGCAGGGAUACGACGAAGAGGCAGUGAUUGACCAGGGAAAAUGGUGCAGCACUGCCAGCGUUCGCUACGAGAAUGAGCUGGAAGAGCACCGUACCCAGGACGUGGGGAGGAGGCGACUGGUGAGGAGAAGCCGAUCCCGCAGCCGGGACCGUCGGUGUCGCUGCAGCCACCAGAGCCCAUCUCAGCGGGUGCAGGCCAUCCUUGCGAGCGAGGAGGACAAGCAGCAUGUUGCCCACAAGGUGUUCAGCCAUCUGGCUGAGAUCUACCUGGCAGAGGGUGGAGGUGCUGUGUGGAAGGAAGCAGCAAGGUGGUUGAAGUUUGAGGAGGACGUGGAAGACGGCGGCGAGCGCUGGAGCAAGCCCUACGUGGGCACACUGCCCCUGCCCAGCCUCUUGGAGCUGAAGAGCUUCAUCACCAGUGGGACGGUGCUGCUGGACAUCAGUGCCAGCAGCAUGGAGGAGAUUGCAGAUGCCAUCCUGCAGCAGCAAGGACAGCUCACAGGGCCUGAGGAACAGGCACGGGCAAGAGUCCGAGAAGUUCUUCUGAUGCAGCAUCAGCAUCAGAAGAAGAAGGAGAGGAGCUUCUGGCUGCCCAAGGCUGUGGCACCAGCCCAAAGACUCAGCCCUCAGCCUGCUCCGGGCGCUGCUGAAGCUGAAGGUGUGCCGAAGCAGGAGAGCGCGGCGAUGGCUCUAAGCAAGGCGGAGCAGCGCUUGCUGAAGAGAAUUCCCGUCGCGGCCGAGGCGUGCAGCGUGCUGGUGGCAGAGCUGGAUUCCCUUCAGCAGCCUGUCGUGGCCUUUGUCCGCCUGGCCCAGGCUGUCCUCCUGCCGGGGCUGACACAAGUGCCCGUCCCAACAAGGUUCCUGUUUGUUCUGCUGGGACCAGCAGGGAAAGCCCAGCAGUACCACGAGGUCGGCAGGUGCAUGGCUACUCUCAUGACGGACGAGGUUUUCCAAGCAGUUGCCUAUAAAGGCAAGGGGCGAGGUGACCUGGUGGCUGGCAUCGAGGAGUUCCUGGAGCAGGUGAAGGUCUUGCCAGCAGGACAGUGGGAUCCCUCGAUCCGAAUCGAGCCCCCAGAGAAGGUCCCUUUGCAGGAGCACAGGAAGACGCCAGGAGCUGUCGAUGGCAGCGCUUUGCCAAGCCAGCCGGGGAGACACACUGGUCCUGAGCUGGAGUGGACGGGCAGGCUCUGUGGAGGGCUCAUCCGGGACGUGAAGUGCAGAGCCCUGUGGUACUGGAGCGACUUUCGCGAUGCUCUCAGCCUGCAGUGUCUGGCGUCCUUCCUCUUCCUCUACUGUGCCUGCAUGUCCCCGGUCAUCACCUUUGGGGGACUGCUGGGGGAGGCGACCGAAGGCCACAUCGGUGCCAUGGAGUCCCUGCUGGGUGCCUGCCUGUCCGGUGUGCUCUACUGCCUCUUUGCGGGCCAGCCUCUCACCAUCCUUGGCAGCACCGGGCCCGUCCUUGUCUUUGAGAAGAUCAUCUACCAGUUCUGCAAGGACCACUCGCUCUCCUAUCUGUCUCUGCGGGCGUGCAUCGGGCUCUGGACCUCCUUCUUCUGCAUGGUGCUGGUGGUGACCGACGCCAGCUGCCUGGUGCGCUACAUCACCCGCUUCACCGAGGAGACCUACGCCUCCCUCAUCUGCCUCAUCUUCAUCUACGAGGCUCUGGAGAAGCUGCUGCAGCUGCAAGUGACCUACCCUGUGCACACGCCCAGCACGCUCGACUCCCUCACCACCUACAGCUGCAAGUGUGUGGCACCAACCCAUGCCAGCAAUGAAACCCUGCGCUUCUGGGAGAGCAACCAGAUCAACGUGUCUGGCAUUGCCUGGCACAACCUCACAGUGACUGAAUGUCGGCGUUUGCAUGGAGAGUUUCAAGGAGCUGCCUGUGGGCGCCACGGCCCCUACACGCCUAAUGUCUUCUUGUGGUGCUGCAUCCUCCUCUUCUCCACCUUCAUCCUGGCCAGCAUCCUGAAGAACCUGAGGACCAGCCGCUUCUUCACCACCAAAGUGCGCUCCACGAUCAGCGACUUUGCUGUUUUCCUCACCGUGGCUGUCAUGGUGCUCACUGACUUCCUGGCUGGGAUCCCAUCGCCCAAGCUCCACGUCCCCAGUACGUUAAAGCUCAGCAGAGACGACCGCGGGUGGUUCAUCAGCCCCCUAGGACCCAACCCUUGGUGGACAGUGCUGGCUGCGCUCAUCCCAGCUCUGAUCUGCACCAUCUUGGUGUUCAUGGACCAGCACAUCACGGUGGCUAUUGUGAACAGGAAGGACCACAAACUGAAGAAAGGAUGUGGGUAUCACCUGGACCUUUUCAUGGUGGCCGUGCUGCUCGGGGUGUGCUCCCUGAUGGGCCUGCCCUGGUUUGUGGCUGCCACUGUCCUGUCCAUCACCCACGUGAACAGCCUGAAAGUGGAGGGCGAGGGCUCAGCUCCCGGAGAGCAAGUCACGUUCCAGGGGGUGCGAGAGCAGAGAGUCACUGGCUUGAUGGUCUUUGUGCUGAUGGGCUGCUCUGUCUUCUUGACUCGGGCAUUACAGCUCAUCCCCAUGCCUGUGCUUUACGGCAUCUUCCUCUACAUGGGUGUGUCAUCGCUGCAAGGCCUCGAGUUCUUCCGUCGCUUGCAGCUGCUCUGUAUGCCAGCAAAGCACCAGCCGGACUGCAUCUACCUGCGGCACGUCCCCCUGCGCAAGGUGCACCUCUUCACCUUGAUCCAGUCCAUCUGCCUCGUCCUGCUCUGGGCCAUCAAGAUGACCCCUGCUGCCAUCAUCUUUCCCAUGCUGGAUUUGGCUCUGAUCUUGGUCCGGAGAGCGAUGGAGUUCUGCUUCUCCAAGCGGGAGCUCAGCUUGCUGGACGACCUCCUGCCAGAAAGCAGGAAGAAGAUGGACAGUGCCAAAAACGAAGGCCAAGAAGAAGAGCAGUGA